GAGAGAGGGAGCGGAGGUGCGGAGCCGGGCUGCGAGAUUUAACAGGCGGGGGCUGAUCAGGGAAAUGCGAGGUGGUCCGCUGGCUGAUCAGAAAAAGACUCGACUUGGCCCUAGUCGUUCCUGAGGAGGGAGGAGAUCGCCCCCGACCCAAGAUGACUCUUGUACCGGAGGAAAACAUCGACGAGUCGGUGGCGUUGGCCGCGCUUUCUCAGGGUAACUGCGACCCUGAGCUGUUGGGGCAAGAAUGCUGCGAGAGGGCGCUCAUCAACAUCUCAGGGCUGAGGUUUGAGACGCAGCUACGGACCCUCGCCCAGUUCCCCGACACCUUGCUGGGCGACCCGCGAAAGAGGAUGCGCUACUUCGACCCUCUUCGAAAUGAAUAUUUCUUCGACAGGAAUCGCCCCAGCUUCGACGCCAUCCUCUACUUCUACCAGUCGGGAGGGAGGCUGAGAAGACCCGCUAACGUGCCCGUCGACAUUUUCAUGGAGGAGAUUAAAUUCUACGAGAUGGGUGAGGAGGCCAUCGAAAAUUUCCGAGAGGAGGAAGGUUUUAUCAAAGAAGAAGAACGCAUUUUGCCCACCAACGAGUAUCAGCGGCAAGUUUGGCUUCUGUUCGAAUACCCGGAGAGUUCGGGGUCCGCCAAGGGGAUUGCCAUAGUCUCCGUCCUUGUCAUUCUCAUCUCCAUCAUUAUUUUCUGCCUGGAGACCCUGCCUGAAUUCCGAGAAGAUGCCCGCCUGGAACCGAGGAGAAUCGUUGUCAAUGGUACUGACACCUUGGGGGCGAACAUGUUCACCGACCCUUUCUUCAUCAUCGAGACUCUCUGCAUUGUUUGGUUUUCUUUCGAACUGUUGGUGAGAUUUUUCUCUUGCCCCAGUAAAUCCACCUUCUCCAAGAAUAUCAUGAACAUUAUUGACAUUGUAGCUAUCAUCCCGUACUUCAUCACCCUGUUUACCGAGUUAGUAUAUCAUCAAAGCAACGGGCAACAGACGAUGUCCUUGGCAAUCCUCAGGGUCAUCCGCCUGGUUCGAGUGUUCCGAAUCUUCAAGCUGUCUAGGCACUCCAAGGGGCUUCAGAUUUUGGGGAAAACCCUGCAAGCCAGUCUGAGGGAGCUGGGUCUGCUCAUGUUCUUCCUCUUCAUCGGGGUCAUCCUCUUCUCCAGCGCCGUCUACUUCGCCGAGACGGACGACCCGGACUCCAGCUUCUCCAGCAUCCCGGACGCGUUCUGGUGGGCAGUAGUUACCAUGACGACGGUGGGUUAUGGAGACAUGCAUCCCGUCACCAUCGGAGGCAAGAUUGUGGGAUCCCUGUGCGCCAUCGCCGGCGUGCUGACCAUCGCGCUGCCCGUGCCCGUCAUUGUGUCCAACUUCAACUACUUCUACCACCGGGAGAACGAGCACGAAGACCAGGCUGAGUACAUGCACAUUAGCAGCGGGCAGCAGGCACAUUCCCUCGGCCAACUCAAGGUCAGCAACCAGUCCCUCAACAAAAGCGAGGCGGAGGAUAACGUGGACGCACUGAUCAUGGACCAUCAGUACCAGGACUACACUCCUAUCAAACAGAGACCGUCAGACAAUCAAACCAGGAAAAUAUUCACUGAUGUAUGAUCAAAGGCAGGAGACAGCGGGGGGAACGGGGGCUAAAUACUUACUGAGAAACUCUCCAUCCAGUGCUUUAAGUCACGUUAAAAAGAAACAUUUUCUGACGUUCAGUCUCAACAACACAUGGAAGACUGAAAAAAUGUACAAAUACAUUUGUGGCAGAAUUAGAUCUAGGAGGAGGGACGCAUCAGAUUGCUCAACAGAUUUUUUUUAGCUUUGCAAUCAAAAUGUUAAAUUUUCGACAUUUUCUGCAGUUUAGUCAACGAGACCACCAUUUGUUUUGCUUUUGUUUUGAUAAUUCCGUCAUUCUAGUUUACAGUUUAGUCUUCAAAGCACACUAGUUAAAUUAAAGAAAAGAAACAAGUAUGUGUAUAUGUAUAUAUAUGUGUGUGUAUAUACAUAUAUGUGUAUAUAUACAUUUUUAAUCAGUCCAGCAUUUCGUGGGUUUGGGGAUCCAGACAGGGACUGUGUAUUUCCAUGGAGAUGGGAAUUCAGAUCCCACGCCCUCCCUCCACCACCUCAGCGGGAAAAUGUCUGACCUGAAUGGGGAGAAAACAAAGCUACAGGAUUUUCAAAUCAGUAAGAAAAUGUUUGCACAGAAAGCGGAGUGGGCGGAAGGGAGGAAUUAACCAGCAAUCAAACAUCGAGAGAGUGUGAGAGAGAGAGAGUGAGAGGAGAGAGAGAGGAACAAAAUAAUGCGAAGAUUGCAAAUCGAAGAACAGCUGUUGCUGUAAUGCCAGAAAUGAAUAUCCAAACAGUAUCGACUCUACCAUAAAACUGACACUAAUUAUUCUGCUGUUCGGUCAAAGCAAUUUCCGAUAUGAUACACUGGAUAUAUUUGAUGUGCCAUUGUCCUGCUUCUCUCGAGGUGGGGGAGGAUUAAGCAAAAACCCUUUCCUCAAUCAUCGACGUAGUGUAUUAUUUUUAAUAUCAUUUGUGAUGAGAGGGCGGUCGAUACCUUAAACAAUUACGGCUGUUGAUUGCAUUCGUGCCAUUAUUUUGUUCCACUUUAUGAUUCCAGUUGCUACCCAGCCCUACCCCUCCUAACGUGAACAUCUUGAAGUGCCUGCUUGAGAAAGAGACAAAACAAGGGACACGUGUGAGAGCAGGCUGAGGCGGUCUGGCUGCAGCAACGCGCUGCUGACGGCGGCGAUGCGCCGACGAACCAGCACCUCCCCGUGGGACAAUCUCGUCAGCGUCGUCGGUUGUCACGGCAACAUUCUGGCCCGCUCUCUCGCCCGACGGCCGGAGGUGACACGCCUCGCUCAAAAAGUAAAGCAUCUUUAUAGAAUGACUUAAUUACUGCUUUAUUUGCAUCGACAUUCUACAAAGCCCCCCAAACUCGCUGCCUUGUGGAGAUAUUGUUUCGCUGCAAACAUUAGAUCUAAUUCUCUGUACCAGUGCCCGGCUCAGCCGUGCUACAAUUUACCCCAACUCCAUGGAAUUUGUUUUUACCAGCAGAAAUGUGGGUUGAAGUGGCCAAAGCAAACGUGAGUGACUAGUCACCAUUUUCAGCUGUAAAGUGUCCUGUACAGUUGUUAGAGAUGAUUUUCAAUUUUGACUUUAAACCCAGAUCAGGAUCCUUAUUCCCAAAUUCUUCCCCCACGACAGCGAACAGCCGCACGACCUGGAACUGUGGCCAGCGGAUUUCAGUCAAACUCCUGAUCGAAGGAUUAAUGUGAAAUUGAGUGAAGUCAGCCUGGUGCUUGGAGUUAGGUCGCUUCCUGGUCUUUGAGAUGCCGCUCUCGUCGCAUGGAAAUCCCAAAUCAAAAAGAGUGCAAAUUCUCACUGGAGUUAGUAACUCAAGUCCCUCGGGUAAAGGACGAAUGACUUUUCUUCGGUUAUUUGAAGACUUGUGCACACACAAUGGGGAACUUGAAGCAAUUGCCGAAAUUCCUUUGCGGGACUCUCACUGAUCACCGGACAUGACCCAGUGGGACACUUGACCCGCUUGGAAUUGCCAAGUCCGUUAUGCAGGCCUCGCGGGUCCGAAGGCGAGGACUAACGUAGCCAAAUCUCCUUGCAGGCCACACAGAGAACAUGCAAGGUUUACCACCAAGAUUCACAAAAUAGACAGGAAUGUUUACGACAUCAAAAUUGCCAGUUUGUGACGGCACGGUGUGAAAGGUUUGAUAGGGUGGAAGUGGAGAUAAUGUUUCCCUUUGAAAGGGUUUCUGGAGCCAAGGGAUUAAUCUCAAAAUAAUGGGUCACCCAUUCAGAAUUGCAGGAGAAGAGGUUUUUCUUCCAAAGGUUCAGUGGAAUCCUGAGCCAUAUGUCACGUCAUGGCUGUGGUACCACAGAUCAUCAGAUGACACCAGGACAAGAGUUACUUCAAACCUCCGAACACAUAUUACGCCUGACCCUUUGUGAAAAUUAUUGUGAAACUUCUCAUUGGUGGCAUUUGGAAGAAAAUGAUUUGAUACAUUAUCACUUCUGUACACCUGCUGCUAGACCCAGGAUGAAAUAACUAAUUCUGAAUCAAUGUGUCUGAACAUGUUGAGUAGAGCCUGAACCACAAGAGUAGAAUUGGAAGAAAAAGAAACAGGUACAUAAACACGUCAGAAAAAAUGGAUCCCACACAUUCUGUAUCUGCUACUGUGUUAAGAGAGAACCCCAAUCCUGUUCUGUAACUAACGUUCAUGCACCAUUUUGAAAUGUACAUGUUCAGAUUUUGACUAUUGUAUUUUUCUUCUCACCUUUUAAAUCCUGUUUCUUUUGGUUUUAAUUUAAUCUUACACAAAAUGUGGAGAACUUGUACAUUACAAGGAAAUUAAUUCAAUUUAUAUAGAUGUUCUUACUAUCCCAAUCACUCAAUAUACCUUUUACAUAUCAUUUCAACCGUUAAAAAUCUGAGAGCUUUUAUUUGGGCUGCAGUUAUCCAAACUAAAAUUUAAUUUGUGGGGUCUAUUAUCCAUUGUGGACAGUAAAUACUGUUCUGAUACUGUGGGUUUAAUCUUGUGGGUGAAUUGUUCAAAUAUCUAUUUUUGUAUAUAUUAUAUAUGUUUUAUAUCAAAUGAUUGAGUUUACUAGUGAUAUAUUAAUUAUAAAAAUAUAGGGUUUAGUUAAAUAGAUUUCAAUUUCCUUGGAAGACCUGUUCAGGGUGACAGUGUAGUAAAUGUUUCAGUGAGAAAUUCAGUUGCAUUUUUACAUGCUAUGAUUUGUUAGUAAAGAACUAAUGCAUCUUGUUUGCAAAUUAUUAAUGCACUUUUGUCAGAUCAUUGUAUCACUGUAAUUAAAGACA